GCGAAUGUUCCUUCUAUGGAAAUCUCACACAGAAGAAAAGGCUAUAUCACUUCUGCUGCAUUGUCCAUCCUCCUGCAGCAGCUAAGUAAAGAUCUGAUAAAUUUGGACAGAAAAUUCAGUGUUUGUGUGGUAUGUUUGUCAAGUAAAGAAACCAACACGGUUGGGGAUCAGCUGAGAAGUAUGUAUGAGAUGAAUGAUAGAUUUGAUCUGCAAGUGAAGUUAAUUAGUAACUUGGAAGGAAAUUUAUUCGAUGUGAUAAUGAUAUCAACAAUUAUUGAAGAUGAUGCUGAGCUUAAUCAUGUUAGUAAAAACAGUUUGAAUGUAACUUUAACAAGUGCAAGGCAUUGCUGUUUUGUGGUUGGUCGAUCCAAAACUUUGGUUAAGAGUGGGGGCAUCUGGAAAGACUUGGUUAAGUAUGCGAGGGAUCUAGGAGUCAUGAGGUUGGUUAAUACAAACGAACUUACUGAGGUUAUCGAAAAGUUUGAAAAGGAUGAUUCAGAUCAUAUUAGUGAUCCUAACUGCGCAUUUUCAAGAAAAAUGCCGCAAGAAUUUACUUGGGUUGAAAGACCAUAUAGGACUAAAUAUAUUUUGGCUCAUGUUCGGAAUCAGAAAGGCCAGCCUGAUACCUGCACUUUUCAGUCAAGCUGUGGAGUUGUGGAAUCGUUGAUGAAAUUACAUAACGCCAAUAUGUCACCUCCUCAAGAGUGCAAAUGGAACCUAUCAGUGGAUGAUUUGAAGAACAAGUAUGAAACAAGUAUACGCAAGAAGUUGAUGUCAGAGGAAAAAACUGACAGGGGCAAAAGGCGGCUUAAAGUUACAUUGGAAAGCUUCAAAAGACAUGGUGUUUUAGGCAGGAACAAAACUCAGACCAAGUCCAGGAUAAUCAAGAUCCUUUUGUAUGAGGAAGUAGAGCCCAGCGAAACGGUGCGCUUGACGAAGCUGCUCGAGGAGGGGAACAUCAUGGUGGGACACUUCAGAUUAUCCUGGAACUAUUUCACCCUGAAGCCGGACGAGGUGUACGCCUUCAACGAGAAGAAGGCUUUCAUUCAUCCCAAAUCAAAUCUGGUGGCAUCACACGCAGUGAUGAUGGUCGGCAUCGGGCACCAGCAGACCGGCCCCAAGCGCUUCCUACGUCACAUGGUGAUGCAGAACAGCGAAGGGAAGCUGUUUGGGAUCAAUGGUAUCGGUAGGGUCAGGAAGAAUAGCGUCAGAGGCUUAUACCGGUUGGAGGUCGAGAUACCCAAGAAGGGGUUUCUUGACUGAUACGAUACUUCGCCGGUCGACAGGUUGAGUGGCUUAGGUUUGGGCUCUCUGUUUGCAGCAACACGCAGUUAGGCCAGGAGUGACUGACUUACGUUUGUGGUUUCCAGACGACAUUGCACCGUGGAAUGGUACAGUGGUGGUGUAAAUUGUAACGGUGUUCCAUUGCAAGCACAAUGGACGUGCUGCGGUGAGCAGAGUUCACUGCUGCAGCCGAAAUUUUGUCAG